AUGAAUUUCUUUCAACAACUAAAAAAGAAGAUAUCAUCAGAUGAUAAUGAAGUAUUCAAUUCAACAGUUUCAGGAUUUAUGGGAAUACUACCACCUCCACCUGGACUAUCACCUAUCAAACCUAUUACAACAACAGACAAUAGCAGUAGCAGUAGUAACAAUAAUAAAUCAACAAAAUCAAACAAGAUCAAUACAAAGUCGAAUUUGAAACAAUCAACAAACAAUGCAUCUUCUUUAGCAAGUUCAACUUCAUCAUCUAAAUUGUCAAAGAGACAUCACCACCAUCAUCAUCAUAAUCACAACAAUAGAAAAGCAGUUCCACAUUGUAAGCUAGUGCCAGCACAGAUUUCAGAUUCACUCUUAUCAAUUGCAACUAAAUUCAACAUGACAGAAGAAGAUCUUAUGAUAUUGAAUAGAUUAACUUCAAGAUAUUUAUAUAAUGGUCAAAUUAUAAUGACAUGUUUAAAUUUUAAUAUCAAUACUAUUAUUAGACCUAUUGUAUAUAGUAACUAUAAAGCACCACCACCAUUAUCAUUGAGCAGUAGUAGUAGUAAUAGUAGUAGUAAGAGUGGAUUGGAUAUUGAAUUGUCAACAUCUAGCAGUAGCAUUGGCAAAUCAUCAAACUCUAUUUUCCUACAGAUGCAUCAACAACUACAGCCACCAUCAUUAAACUCAUCUACAUCAUCAACAUCUACUCUCUCACCAAUAUCCACAAAUGAAUCAGACGAAUAUCUACAACAUCAACUUUUACUACAACAACAACGUGAACAAUAUAAACAACUAUUUGAAUCUAUUAAAAUAUCUUUUGAUAUCUUAACAACACCAACAACAACAUCAACAUCAACAUUAUCACAGCAACAACAACAACAACAAAAUGUAAAUAAUCAACAACAAACACCACCAACAACAACAAUAGAUAUUAUUACAUCAUAUAAAUUAUUUUUACCAGCACUUAGAGAAAAGAAUGAUUGGUAUCCCUGUAGAUUGUAUGAGAAUGAAACAAAACAAGAUACUGCAGGUAAUACAAGUGGUAAUUACAGUGUUGAUCUUUCAAUGUCUUUCAAUACAACACCGAUGCCACUAAUGAAAGAUUCAUUAUUAUCAUUUAAAAAUGUUAUCUAUUUCCUUGAAAUGGAUAGAAUGCAAAUACAAUUACAUGGUGUAAUUGAGGUUAAUAAGGAAUUCUUGACAUUUGCACCGAUCUCUUCAAACUAUUCAUUCAAUCGUAUAGAUAUAGAGAUAUCUGAUAUUCUUGGAUGGAAGUUUGAUAGUUAUCACAAGGAUCAUCUGUCAUUGAAUAUCGAUGUCGGUGCAAAGACUGGCAGUGCUGACCAAAAGAAUAUGAUCACCGUAUUUAAGAUUUGGAUAAAGUAUGACGAUGAGGAAGAUGAGGAAGAUGAUUCCUCUGACGACGAGAGUAACAACGAUAUUAUCAAGUACUUCAACGGUUUGACAAGCAACAGCAAGUCUGACAGUCGAAAAGAGUCUAGCAUGGCCGACAGAAGCAGAUCAGAACAUGAUAACAAUCAUCAUACCGAUGAUGAAGAUGAACAAGAUGACGAUGAUGAUGAAGAUGAAGAAGAUUUCGAAGAAAAGAUAUUUAUAAUCGAUAGAACAGAGAUUGAUAUUGAGAAUUAUGAAACUAUUUUAACUGGUAUAUUAGGUGCUCCAAUCAACUCAUUCUAUCAACAGAAAACCAAAACAACAAAUCAGACAAAUGAUAAGUCACCAGAUGUAAACAAAUCACCUACAUCCACUGCUAAAGAUAUUGAGCAUCCUCUACUAGCAAAGACUAGCUACUUGUUAGACAAAACACUAGCAUCUACUUCACCCGAUAAAUCAAAUCCAUCAACUGCUUUACAAUUAAAUGCAAAUAAUCAACAACAACAACAGCAACAGCAACAACAAACACAAACACAUCCUCUACAUCAUCUUCCUGGUAAUUAUAGUACAAGAUUAUUAAGUCUAAGAGAUAUUAAACCAAGAGAAACAGAGAUAUUCAAAAAAGAGAUACAUUGUAUAUUCAACACAAGAAAGGUAAAGGGUAUGUUGACACUUUUACCACAUUGGGUUAUCUUCCAAGGUGAUCCAAAGGAUGAGUAUGUAAAAAAGGAAGGUAGUGUCAGAUUCCAGUUGAACUACACAAUGAAUCAGGUAUUGUCUUGCACAAUGGACAGUAAAUCAACAACCACCAUAGCAGCAUCACAACAACUCAAAGACAGCAGUGGUGAUCUUCAAUUUGGUAUGGACUCUGAUUCAUCUUCACACCAGAUAUCCGAUAAUGAAGAAUCAACAACAACAACAACAAUAAAUAAUAAUAAUAAUAAUAAUAAUACAACAACAACAUCAUCAUCAUCACCACCACCAUCACCAAACCUUUUCAACAGCAAUAAUAUUAGUAAUUCAAUCACCACCACCGCCAAUAACAACACUAACAACAGCAACACCAAUGUUAAUAAUAUUUCCAAUGUUUUUAUUACAAUACAAAUUACACCAACCAUUGAAAAGACAAUAGAGUUCCAAUGUGAGAAUGAAAUUGCUGUAUCAAUAUGUAAUCAACUUAACAUUUGGAUGGCUGAUGUAAAAAUUAAUAAUACCGAUGAAUUGAGUGGUGUUGGCUCGAGUGCUACUAUGAUUUUGGAUAACAUCCUGCCAUUACCACCCUUAAUUAAACCAAACAGUCCUUCAACAUUUGCAAAGACUCUUUUUAGAUGGAAUCGAACAGAAUAUGAAUCAGACGAAGAAACAGAGUCUGACGAAUACGAUGAGCUUUUCAUACCAAAACUAUUUGGUGUAUCUACAUUUAUUACUCCAGAUGAAACUCUUCAGGUUAUUCCUGAUCUACCAGUUCUAUAUAGAUUGUCAGAUUGGGUAUUGUUGUACAAGACUGAAAGAGAUGGUAUCUCAAUGAAAACAAUGUAUGCAAAGACCUAUUCACAGGGUGCAUGUAUAAUUCUAUUAAAAGAUUUUAAUAAUAAUGUUUUUGGUGGAUUUAUUUCGGAAUCUAUCAAGGUUUCAAAAUCAUUCUAUGGCUCAGGUGAAUGUUUCUUAAUGAAAUUUAAACCAACCUAUAAAUCAUAUAAAUGGACAAGAGAGAAUAGAUGUUUCGUACUCACAGAAGAUAAUUAUAUUUCAAUGGGUGCUGGAUUUAAUGGAAAAUAUGGUUUGUGGUUAGACAGUGAAUUUAACGAAGGAACAUCAUCUCGAAGUGAAACAUUUGAUAAUGAUCCACUUGCAAACGAAGAAGACUUCAAAUGUGUUGGAAUGGAGAUUUGGGGAUUUGUUUAA